UCGGAGUUGUCCCACGAAGCUUGCAGCUCAAGCCUUUCUUUCGCAAUGCCCCCGAAUGAAAGCGUCCAGUUCGAAUUUGCAACAUUUGCCGAGUGCGGGAGAUCGUUGUGCACAAGUUAGUUAGUUGACAUUGUGCCCAGCAAGCUCAAUUUCUCACUUGUAGUCCUUGUCGUCGUUGGAUGCAUGAAUCAAGCCGGUUUUGCUCACAUUGCCCCUGUGUGUGGAGCACAGUUUUGGGCCAUGGAGCUGUAGGAGAAUUCCUUGCAUCGUUUCUCUGGGUUUUUCUGAGUUGUUUGGGCCUUUUGGGUGGGAGAAGGAUGUUGCGAAUCCGGGCUUAGAUUUUAGGGUUUUUGGAUGUUGCGCGCAUUAGCCAGCGUUGUGAGAGUGACAAUGCCUCCGCGACAUGCUGUGGAGUAUGCCAAGUCGGAACGGUCUCAGUGCAAGUCGUGUGGCGAGAGAAUCGCUAAAGGUGUCGUUCGCCUCGCUUCCAUCACCUGGGUUAAAGGAUACAGCACUCCCCAUUGGCAUCACCCUGAUUGUUAUCUGGCCACUAAGAGCAAUGCAGCAUUAGUGGCAUUGGCUGUGGAUGAGAACAAGCUAGAUGGAUUUCCUACUCUGAAAGCCUCAGAUCAAGCUGCGUUGAAAGCUUUGACUGGACCUGUUGAUGUUGAAGAAACCCGUGAUGGAGAGCCUUCUGAAAGCAGAAGCAUUAAGAGCAUGAAAGAUUCAUCGGGCUCUGCUUUGGAAGUGUCUGUGCAAGGGGAAACAUCUCAGGCCGUCACUGGGAGUCCCGACAGGAAGAGAAAAGUGUCUCCAGGUAUUGCAGCAAAAAUGAAUCAAAUUGAGAAAGAGCAGAUCCUACGCUACGAUCGAAAGAAAUGGGAGACUAUUCUUAAUGGAUUUAGUCCAUCCAAGCUUGCAAAUGUUUACAAGGAUGCAAAGCUACCGCUUGGUUGGAAGUCCUUCUCUUCUGUUAUUCUCCAUGAGGCGGAAGGUUUGCAGCCAUCUGAGAAGAUAGCGGCAUUUGACUUUGAUGGGUGUCUCGCUAAUACACAUGUUCGCAGGUCAGGAGCUGAUGCUUGGAAACUUAUGUACCCUUCAAUACCGAAGAUACUUCAGGGCUACCAUCGUGACGGUUAUAAGCUAGUUGUUUUUACAAAUGAGUCUAAUAUUGAGCGAUGGACCAAAUCACGACAGAAAGCUGUAGACUCCAAAGUCGGUCGCCUGGAAGCUUUCAUCAAUGUUGUAGAAGUCCCCAUGCACGUGUUUAUAUCAUGUGGUAAAGAGGGGAGUGGGGAUGCUUGCCGAAAGCCCUCGCCAGGUAUGUGGCACCUUCUAGAACGUCACCUGAAUGGUGGAGUACCAAUCAACAAAGAAAGUUCCUUUUACGUUGGAGAUGCUGCAGGACGCAAAAGUGAUCACAGUGCGGCUGACUUAGGUUUCGCCCAGGCAGUGGGCUUGAAGUUUUAUGUACCAGAGGAGGUGUUUGAAUGAGGUCCUUGAAUGCGGUGAUCAUUCGCUAGGUGCCGGAUCAUGAUCUAUAUUUCUUUUAUAAUUUUAGUUUUAACAUAUAUAUAUAUAUAUAUAUUAUAAUAUUUUUUUAGUUAAUUCUUAUUCAAAUUACUAAUCUCGAUAAAUUAGUAUUUUAAUCUGUUUUUUUAAUCAAUGCAAAUAUUUUAAAAAUUUA